AUGCAGUUCAAGAACCACGUCAUCACAGGCCUUUUGGCUGUGUGGCUCAUCUUCACCCUCACCGACACUUCCAACGUCAACUUUGCGAUGGCCAUGCCUUCCAACCUCACUCUCGCCAAUGACUGUCCUGCCUCACAGCCCGCCGACCAAGCUGGAUGCUCCACCUGCACUGAAUGCUGCAUCUUCAAUUUCAAUACUGCGGGAUGCGGGGAGCCGAGCGUCGAGCAACUUGUCUCCCCCGUCACCACCAAGUGCCAACCUUUGAUCAUCGGAAUGUAUAGUGUCUGGAUCACUGAGUGUACCGGUUGGUUUGCAGAAUGUUACCUGUGGAAGAAUGUCGACUGUUCCGGAAACGGUUCCAUUCUCAUCGACAAUUGUCAGAACGUGUGUCAUACUCCGGGAUACGUCAUCAAAGCAAUUCAGUGUUAUGGUAUCUGA